GGGGGCAGGAGCGCCAUCCAGCCCCGUGUGCAGAGGGAGGGUCCCUCACCCCAGAACGAGCAGUGGCAUGUGGCAGGUGUGACCCUCCCCACCCGUGCCAGGCCACCAUGGAGCCGUGCCCGGGGCAGCCCCAGGAGGCCCUGCUGACGGUCAACGAGCAGGUUAUUGUCAUGUCCAGCCACGAGACCAUCCGGGUGCUGGAGGUGGGGGUGGAUGGGGACCCCAAAACAGCCGGGGAGGGAGCGGGGGGGUCCCCGGCACAGGGGGGCCCCCCAGGUGUGGAGGACGCUCCCGCCAGCACCCCGAGCUCGUCCGGCGGGGAGGCGGCAGGUAAAGCCAAAGCAGCGUCGCCCGCCCCGGUGGCCUCGAGCCCCGCCCCGAGCCAGCCCGGCGUGACACACCUGGCCGUGCAGGCCACGCCACAGGUGUUGGCUCAGGAAAGCUUAGCCACAGGUGUGACAGGAGUAAUGGUUCCGGCAGGGACAGUUACUCAACCUCUUCUUAUCCCCAUCAGUAUUGCAGGUCAGGUGACAGGCCAGCAGGCGCUGGCCCUGGUGACAAUUCCCACAGCAACGCUCGCCGCGCUCCCGGGACUGACGCCGGCGGCACCUGCGGGGGCGAUUUUCAAACCGCCCGUAGCCAAUCUCACAGCCGCCGCCGUGCUCAGCCCCGCCGUCCCGGCCGUGCCCGCGGUGCCGGCGCCGCGCCCGCCCCCGGGGCAGCCCCCGCUGCUGCCCCAGCCCCCCCCGGCGCCCACCCCCCCAAAGGAGCCCCCGGUGGCCGUGCAGCCCCAGAUCGCCGGACUGGCCUUUAACCCCGGCAUUCUCACGGCGGCUCUGGGGGCGCAGCCGCAGAUCCUGGGGUCCCUCAGCGCCCCCCCCGUGAUCGCCACCCCCCUGCCCAGCGUGCAGGGGAUCCCGGGGCAGCUGCUGAGCACCGCCCAGGGCCAGGUGAUCGGGAUCCUGCCGUGGGUCGUGGCCCCCCCCGGGGUGGCCGCGGCCGCCCCCGCGCCGGCCCCGCCCAGCCUGCAGGUGACAGCGGUGACCCCGCAGCUGCUGCUGAACGCGCAGGGCCAGGUGAUCGCCACGCUGGGCGCCACGCUGGCCACGGGGACAGCCCUGGCCGCCGCCCCCCCGGCGCCCGCCCCCGGCAAGAAAAACGGCCCCGCUGAGCAGCCCCCCAUCAAGAGCGAGGUCCAGCCCAUCCAGCCGGCCCCCGCGGGGGUGGGGCCGAGCCCCCCGGCCGUGCCCAAGGUGUCGGUGCCGCCAUCGCCGGGGCCCGGCCCGGGCUCCGAGACCCCGACCGUGAGCCAGCUGGUGGCCAAGCCCCCCGCCCCGCCCAGCGCGGAGGAGGACGGGAUCAACCUGGAGGAAAUCCGGGAAUUCGCCAAGAACUUCAAACUGCGGCGCCUCUCGCUGGGGCUGACCCAGACCCAGGUGGGGCAGGCGCUGACGGCCACCGAGGGCCCCGCCUACAGCCAGUCUGCCAUCUGCAGGUUCGAGAAGCUGGACAUCACGCCCAAGAGCGCGCAGAAGCUGAAGCCGGUGCUGGAGAAGUGGCUGCGGGAGGCGGAGCAGCGGCAGCGCGAGGGGCAGCAGCACCUGCUGGAGUUCGUGGGCGGCGAGCCGGGCAAGAAGCGCAAGCGCCGCACCUCGUUCACGCCGCAGGCGCUGGAGGCGCUCAACGCGCACUUCGAGCGCAACGCGCUGCCCACGGGCGCGGAGAUCACGCGCAUCGCGCAGGAGCUGCGCUACGAGCGGGAGGUGGUGCGGGUGUGGUUCUGCAACCGCCGCCAGACGCUCAAGAACACCAGCAAGCUGAACGUGUUCCAUGUGCCCUGAGGGCCGCGCCCGGCCCGGCUCUGCCCCGCCGACACCGACACCGGGACCGGACCGGACCGGACCGGGUGCAGCAGCGCCCGGGGCGCCGGGCUGGGAGCGCUGGGAGAGCCCGCGGGUCCGCCCCGGCUCCUGCCACAGCACUUUGGGCACUGCUCUGUCCCUCUGCCACCUGGUUCUGUC